GAUCUUAGCAGUCGAAUCUCUCCAUAGGUUAGGUUAUAUUCAUCGUGAUUUAAAACCUUCAAAUUUCGUAGUUGAUAAACUAGGUCACCUUAAAUUGAUUGAUUUCGGUUUAUCAAAAGAAGGUUUUAUCUCACGCAACUCUAAAUAUCAUACAACUUGGAAAAAUUUAAGAGAAGAUAAUACACCAUCAAAUAAUAAUAAUAAUCCAAAUAAUAAUAGUUUAAAAUCUUCAACAUCAUUAAAAAAUAGUAGUGAUUGUGUUGGUAAUAUUCAUGGUAAUAAUUUUAAACAACCAUUAAAUAAAAAAGUUACAUUCUCAAAGGUUGGUUCUCCAGAAUAUAUGGCACCUGAAAUGUUGGCUGGUAAAGGUUAUGAUAUCUCUUAUGAUUAUUGGUCAUUGGGUGUGGUUUUCUUUGAAAUGUUAAUUGGUGAUACUCCAUUCAAUGGAGAUACUCCAGAAGAAGUUUUUAUGAAUAUCUUGGAUUGGAAAAAUAUUUUAGAUUGGGAUCUAUAUUCUGAUUACAUUUCAGAGUAUGCUGUUGAUUUACUUCAAAAACUCAUUUGUGAACCUGAUAAAAGAAUCGGUAUCGAUGAAAUGAAAGUUCAUCCAUAUUUCGUUAAUAUCGAUUGGGAAAAUAUUAGAUCGGUAACUCCACCUUUUGUUCCACAAGUUCAAAAUGAAGUUGAUACUUCUUACUUUGAAGGUGCUGAAAAUAUUAAUGAAGAUGAAGAACAUGUUGAUGAUUUCGUAGAGACUGCCCAAGAAGCAAACCAAACUUCAAAUGUUGAAUCUGAACUUGAAGAUACUACAAUAAGACUAAUGCCAUUUGGUGGUUUCAAUUUCCAAAGAUUCCCAACAAUCGUUGAAGGUGCCAGAGCAAAAGGUUUACUAAAAAGCUUUUAUGUUGAAGAAAAAUCAGUUUCAAGAGCUCCAAGUGUUUCAUCUUUUAAUAUUCAAACUUCAACAAUUAAUAAUAAUAAUAACAAUAAUAAUAAUAAUAAUAAUAGUAAUAAUAAUAAUAAUAAUAAUAAUAAUAAUAAUAAUAAUAAUAAUAAUAAUAAUAAUAAUAAUAAUUUAACUGUAACUACAACUGCAACAAGUGUUUCAGCUUCAAAUUCUCCAACUAUUUUAUCAGCAAACAAUAGUAAUUUAAACAUUUCGUCAAAUAAUUCAAAUCUUGGAUCUAGUGGUGGUAUACCAUCCUCAAAUUCUUCUUUGACUCCUAAUAAUAAAUCAACCAGUCCUUCAUCAGGACCAGUUUCCACUUUAUUUAAAGGACCACUACUUAGAGUUUCUUCAAAAAAUUGUGUUCAAUCAACAAACUCUUCCAAAAAAUAA